UCAGAAGUAAGAAGGUUUUCUGUUUAUCAACCUCGAAGUCUUUUCUGAGUAUGGAGGAUGCAAAAGGCAAGAAACGGAACGCCACAAAGAAGUCAAAGGAGAAAAAAACGACUUGCAAAGUCUCUGCAGAAGCUGAAGAGAAACAGCGGGCUGCUGGAGAACCAAGUACAAAAAGGACCUCAGGGAAGGGGACCAAACGAAAAAGACCCAUGAAAGACAGUGAAGCUUCCUGUCCACAACCGAUGGCACAAGACGGUAAAAGAAUAAGACUUCGGAGGAAGAUACCAAUUCCUCCAUUGCCCUCAAGACUGCCACCCAUAAACCUGCUUCACCGAGAUAUUGUGAGGGCCUGGUGCCAGCAGUUAAAGCUGGGCACCAAAGCUACCCUUNCCACCCCGGAUGCUGUGUUUGCUUCCUGGACCAGAAUUGCAGCCAGAGCUGGGAAGAUGGAGGAGGCAGAGGAAUCACCACAGGAGGCCUCUGGUGUCAGGUGGUGUGUGGUCCAUGGGCGAAGUCUCCCUGCAGAUAAAGAGGGUUGGGUUCGCCUGCUGUUCUAUGCAGGUCAGCCAUGGGUGCCUGACACACCUAAAAAGAUGAUCUCUCUCUUCCUGUCACCGGCCUGCACUUUCCCAUACCCAGACCUAGAAGAUAAUAUGUUGUGCCCUGAAUGUGUUAAGAGGACUCUACGAGCUUGGGAAUAUGAGUGUGCGUGA